UGACAACCACGAGAGAGAUGAGGUGGCCUGCUGGUGGUUGGACCGUGGGAGAAACUAGCGCCUCUACAGCACCAGUGUUAUGUAUCUUGUAGUGUUAUAUAAGUGAGAAUCAAGCAACAGAUGAAGAGGUUGGUCCCCUACUGUGUGAGAGAAGUGGCAAGCAACACCAGCUGACGGCCGUACUGCUUGGUAAACACACCAGUCCUCGCCGACGUUGAGGAUGGCAGACGUGUUGGUGUGAGGUGCAGGAACUGUGAUACACCCAAGUGACCUUAACACAAGACCUCAAGACACAUGUAGCCUUAGUUAUACACCUGAAUUUAUUAAAUACACCUGUUGUGAUACACACCUGUGAUAAUGGAUGACCUCAUCCAUCAACUGCGAGACCACAAUGAGUUCUGGAGGCAACCUGGAGGUGAUGGAAGUGGAGGCCGUGUUGUGGUCGCUCCAGUUUACCAUCAACUGGAGGAGCCAACACCAGCCUUUUUCGACGGGGCGUCGGGAGACGAGAACAUGUCGAUCUUGGUGUCGUCGUUAACCAUAGCGACGCAGAUGGCGUUGUCACACGUCAUUCGCGGCCGCCUGAGCGAGAUGCUGCAGAACGAGAUGCUGAAGGGAUGUCUGCUGGAGCUGGUGGCCGCUGCUGAGAUGUGUGGUACCUGCUACGAGCUGGUGAUCGUGGCUGACAACUACGGAGUUUACACCUAUGCUGUCUACCUGUUCUUAAUGACCAUCUGGUGGGGACAGUCGUGGGGUACAGCCACUGCCUGCCCCUACAGCCUGCUGGAGGAGUACGUGGAGGUGGGUGCUCAUCCUCUCGAAGUGGUGCUCAAGAUUAUCUGCCAAGUUAUAGGUGGUCUGGCAUCAUUCAGGUGAGUACAGGUGUUGAUGUCCAUCUCUGAA